UGCCGGGCCGCCCGCCCCAGCCGCGUGCGUGCGUGUGUGUGAGUGUGUGUGUGUGUAUGUGUGUGCAUAAGGGGCCGAGGCUGGAAAGGAAACCGCUCGCCUCGCCGGGGAGAAGGAAGGAGCCUCCCUAUUCCUCGCCGGCCCCCUCCCCACUUCCCGUCCGGCUCGGCGCCUCGCUUCCCCCUCCGCGGGCCUCGGGCGCACCGAGCCUGCUGACCGCCGACGAGCUGGAGGCGGCGGAAGCGGAGCGGGAGGAGCCGGCGGGGCGCAUGCUGGGCGGGGGUCCCCAGGGCGCCCCGGCCGGUGGCGGCGGGGGCCACCGCGCAGGCAGCUGGGAUUGCUUACCACCUGCAGCAUCUUCUCGGAAGAAGCGGCUGGCACGGAGGCCAGGCUACAUGAGAAGCACAGCUGGGCCCCGGAUUGGGUUCCUCUCCCCAGAAGUGGGCACUCCAUUCUGGGUCCAGGGAGGGGCGUGUGGUGAGGAGUUCCACCACUCUGAGUCCAGGACUGGACCAUGUGGACUUGACCCAGGAGGCCAGUGGCAAGUCUCCUCCGUUGGGAAUCCUGUUCCCAAGACAACAGCUGUGACAUCUGUGGACCGCCCAGGCCUGCCUCUGACCCCUGUGAGAGGAACCUCAGGGAUCUUUGGAAUUCAGCUCCGAGCUGGCACCAAACUGCCUGAUAGGCUACCCAGGUCUUAUGGUCCUAGGGACGCUGGGUGUCAGGGGGAGCUUCCACCCAUGGACAGUUCUGAGGCCCUGGGCCCUGGCUGGGAUGCAGCCUGUGGUGAAGGAGCAAGGGGCACCUGGACGAAAGGCUGUGUGGCCCCAAAGGAGGUGAAUAGCAACAGCUGCAGCCUCCGAAGUGGCCCGAAGAUUCCCUCAGCCCCUGCCGGCUCUCAGGAUGCCUUCACCUCCAGCUUUAGCUUCAUACGGCUCUCACUUGGUUCUGCCGGGGAACGUGGAGAAGCGGAAGGCUGCCCGCCAUCCAGAGAGGCCGAGGCCCUUCAUCAGAGGACUGAGGAGAUGGAACCCAAGGCUGCCAGCUUGGACAGGCCCCACGAACACCCUCGACUUCUCUCUCCCCUCUUCAAUCUCAAGGCUACUCAGGGCCUGGCAGACUCUCCCCAGGCUGCAGGGAGCAGCUCCGGGCUGGAGUGUGAGAUGGCAUCUUUGCCAGACACGGGCACUGCCUCCUCCUGCUCCCCGGAUUCCUCAUGGAUCGAGGGCAGCAGCUCGGCAGACGCUCACCGUUGGGAUGAGCUGCUCAGGAAAUGUGAGCCCGUGCUGCUGGACUGCCUGCUGAGUGACCGGAGGCAGCUGGAGGUAAAAUCCUUAAGAUUAAAGCUUCAGAAACUUCAAGAAAAAGCAGUUGAGGAUGAUGAUUAUGAUAAAGCUGAGAUGUUAAAACAGAGAUUAGAAGACCUGGAGCAAGAGAAAAGCAGCCUGCACUUUCAGCUUCCUUCAAGGCAGCCGGCCCUUAGCAGCCUCCUGGGCCACCUGGGAGCACAGGCCCAGGCUGCCUUGCGCCGGGCCACUCAACACGCUGGCAGUGACGAGCCCCAAACCCCACGCAGAAUGGAGCCGAACACGUUAGAACCCACUGCUCAGGACAACCUGCGUGUGUCCAUCACCAGAAGAGACUGGCUUCUUCAAGAAAAGCAGCAGUUGCAGAAAGAAGUUGAAGCCCUCCAAGCAAGGAUGUCUGUGCUGGAAGCAAAAGAUCACCAGCUGAGAAGGGAAAUAGAAGCUCAAGAGCAACUCCUUCCAUGGCAGGGCUGCGACCUGACUCCCCUGAUGGGCAGGCUGUCCCUGGGUGAGCUGCAGGAGGUCAGCAAGGCUGUGCAUGACACCCUGGUCUUAGCCAAUCAGAUUCCCCUCCGUGCAGAACCACCUGAAACCAUAAGGAGCCUCCAGGAAAGGAUAAAAUCCCUCAACUUGUCACUUAAAGAAAUCACGGCUAAGGUGGGUGUCAGUGAGAGACUCUGCAGCACUCUGAGGAAGAAAGUUAACGAUAUCGAAACCCAACUCCCAGCACUGCUUGAAGCCAAAAUGCUUGCAGCAUCAGGAAACCAUUUCUGUACAGCGAAGGAGCUCACAGAGGAGAUUAGAUCAUUAACUUCAGAGAGGGACGGGCUGGAGGGACUCCUCAGCAAGCUGUUGGUGCUGAGUUCCAGGAAUGUCAAAAAGUUGGGACGUGUUAAAGAAGAUUACAACAGCCUGAGAAGAGAACUGGAACACGGGGAAACUGCCUACAAAACAAGUGUGAAGGAGAAUACUGUGAAGUACAUGGAAGUGCUUGAAGAUAAACUGCUCAGCUGCAAGUGUCCACUGCUUGGGAAAGUGUGGGAAGCUGACUUGGAAGCUUGUCAGUUGCUUAUCCAGAGCCUGCAGCUCCAGGAGGCCAGGGGCAGCCUGUCUGCAGAAGAUGAGAGGCAGACAGAUGACUCAGGAGGAACUGCCUGUACAACCGUUCCUGCUGUCCCCUCCAGGGCCCACUCUGAAGAUGAGAGGAAGACCCCUUUGCAGGCAUUCGAAGAGUGGAAGGCUCACCUGACCCUGUCUCCUCACUGUGCUGGCAGUGAACAGAAAGAGGAAUCUUACAUCUUUUCUGCAGAACUUGGAGAAAAAUGUGAAGCCAUAGGCAAGAAGUUAUUGUACUUAGAAGAUCAACUUCACACAGCGAUUCAGAGUCAUGAUGAAGAGCUCAUUCAGUCUCUCAAGAGGGAGCUCCAGAUGGUGAAGGAAACUCUGCAGGCCAUGAUCCUGCAGCUCCAGCCAGCAAAGGAGGCGGGAGAAAGGGAGGCUGCAGCUUCCUGUGUGACAGCUGGUGUCCGGGAAGCACAGGCCUGAGGCAUGACAGGAUGGGGGAAGGCGGAAAGAGUGCUGCUCCCGCCUUCGUUAGGAUCCAUGGAUGUGAGACAAUUUUUGCCAUUUCCUGAAGUCAUGCUGUCAUUUUCAGAAGACAGCUGGCGCUUCGCUGAGGCUCCCGUGCUGUGCAGUACUGCUGUCCUCAGUCAAGGAGAUGCCCCAGCUUAAGCCAGCCGUUGGCCAGGGUCCAGGAAACAGAGUGAAGCACAGUGUUUGAAUUGGCUGGUUGUGUUCGCUACAGUUUUAUCUUGAGCAUUUUUGAAAAUAUACUAUACAUAUUUUAAUAAUAAGUAUUAGUUUGUUCCAGGAAUUCUUGGUUUCUUAAUGAUGGACCAAAUUCCUGAAUUAUUUAUAAUCAUAGCUAAAAAUUAUUAUAUACUAGUCAUAAGGCACUUGAAAUCCUUGAAUCCUUAGAUUAAUUCCAGUAAAGCAAAACUUGGGAAGAGUCAGAAUUGAUCAUACAGUCAAUAAGACCUCCCUACUUUGAUGCGUGUCAUUUUAAAAAGCCCCCCAGACACGAGACAUGUUAACAGUCACUGACCCAAGUGUUUUGUAUUACUCAGACAUCAUCAUGAAUAAUUCUGUGAGGUCAUGAUGUAUUUGAAAAUCCUGGAGGCUAAUAACUGCUCUGAGUGGGCCCCCAAAUAAGGGUUCUCUGGUACCUCCCCUAGGCGCUGUGUUCAUUUCCUCGUUGAGAAGCCUGGCUAAGUUUAAGUACUAGGGCAGGUGAAUGAUGCUUUAGCCACGUGCUGCAACUCACCUCUGGUCUAUGCGGUUGUCAGAGUCAGCCAGGAAGGCUGCUAAAGGCCAGGGGACUUCCUCUGGCCACAAUGCCUUCUCAGGACAAACCCCCUCCUUGGCCACUGUGACCCUGGAAGACCCAGGACCAUUUAUCUCAAACCAUAAUUUAGGGCAGUUUUUGUCAGGGCAACAAAAAAAGAAAUUAGGGCUUGAAUUUAAAAGCAAUAAAACAACAACAAUAAAAU